UGCCAAGAGCAAAGUGACUUGUCCUGGGUCACACAGUCCACGUGAGAAGUGAGACCAGGUCUUCCUAGUCCCAAGGUCAGUUCUCUAUUCACUUGAUAGUACUUCCUUCUAUGUAAAUUCAAGAUAUUUAAAUCUGAUGGAUUUGUCUUCUCAGUACCAUUGCCAGCCAGAUCAUUUGCUACUAAGGGGCUAGGUAGGCUAGAGUACUUGAUACAGGAAAAAAUAUUUGCACCACCCCUUAAGGGGAUACAAGUAGUCAGUAAUAUAUGAACAAGAGGUAUGCUGAAUAGCUGAAUAAUUACUGAAAUUCUCUGACUUUCUCCAGUCACACUUGGCAGAAGAAGAACCACAGGGAAGAAAGCAGAUAUAAUGGUGAUUUAUCUAGGGUUGGGGACUAACAGUGUAGGUUAGGAUAACAGAAGUCAAAAUGGUUUGAGAUUCUAGGAUGGUGCCAAGGUUGAUAGUGACUGGAAUUCAGACAGGAUAGGGGAAAAAAUAAAGGCCAAUCGGGUGUGUAAAUGCAAACUGGUAAUACAAAGGCUUUGUCAAUAUUUAAUGUAAAUGUCUAAUUUAUUUUUAAUAAGUUCCAAGCACUGUGUACAACAAAUCACUCUGAACUUUCUUAUUACCUCCUCUAGGUCCUGUAUGUUCUACUUUUAAUAGCUUUUUACCUUCUACUAGAUUAUAAUCUGCUAGAGGUCAGGAUCUUUUUAUUUACAUAUCAUCUAUCACAGUAGCAAACAUUAAUGUUGAAUGAACUAUAAUGAAAAAAAAAAUUCCUAUAAGUUAGCUCUCAUUAUUAGUGCAAUAAACCGAACAGGUGAUUACUUGGGUCCCUACCGUCAAUCUAACACACAUUUCGUUCCCUCCCCCCCAAAAAGCCCAACACCUUUGCAAGAAAACUAGAUAUCCUAUUCUGCCAGCUGCUUUUGGACUUCCACGUUGGGUAAGGAAACACAGAAAUCUCCGUACUGAAAACAACUUCCCACCUCCUAUCCUCUGACACCCCUCGGUAACCCCCCUAAGGGUUCUCCUCCACCUAGGGUGGAAAGCCAGCAGGUAGAGAGGGUCCAUUGCACCCCGAGGCAGUCUCUAAUUGCUUUUCCCCGCCUUGGCAGCUUCCAACCACUGCCCCCAGGACUCAAUGCAUCUAUCCCCAUUUGCACAAGACAAUCUUCAACAACUCUUUGGGCUCGGAUCCCUCGUCCUCCCCCGCGGGCCCCUCCCCCCGUCUUCGCUUCUCCAGACUAACUCCUCUGUCCUUUCGACCGUAUGGCUUUUUUUGUUUUUCCUCCCUUUUCUGUCUACUUUGCUCCAAGCUGCUUUCCUGAAAAAAGGCAAGGUCCAGGAGAAGGUCUUUGGCGAGGGCUGGAGAACGAGAAUCCAGCGCAAACUCUGAAGACUCCAGAGGUUCAGAGGAAAGGCAAGCACUGUAACCGACUUCAAGCCAAGGUGGGGGGGAAGGGCUGUCUGAAACUAAGCUUCCGGCGCUCGCCGGGUGACGUCACUAAACGACGACGGCGCCAGCCUCUCUCAAGAUGGCGCUACACCUGGUGCGAAAGGCGCUAGGUUGCCCCAGCUUCAAUCGGGCAUUUCAUGGCGGAACCGUUGCGGAUCCCGUCCCCCAGAAUAAUGGCACGCAUCGGAUAUUCUCUGGCAUCCAGCCUACGGGAAUCCCUCAUCUGGGCAAUUACCUGGGAGCCAUUGAGAGCUGGGUAAGUCUACAGGAAGAAUGCAGCUCUGUCCUGUUCAGCAUUGUGGAUCUUCAUUCCAUCACUGUCCCCCAAGAUCCAGCUGUUCUUCACCAGAGCAUCCUCGACGUGACUGCUGUCCUGCUUGCCUGUGGCAUAAACCCAGAAAAAAGCAUUCUUUUUCAACAGUCUCAGGUGUCAGAGCACUCAGAAUUAGGCUGGAUCCUUGGAUGUCUGGUCAGGAUGCCACGGUUACAAAAUUUACCCCAGUGGAAGACUAAGAGGGCUAGCCUGAAGCAAGAGGGGACAGUGGGUCUCUUCACAUACCCUGUACUUCAAGCUGCAGACAUUCUGUUAUACAAGUCCACACACGUCCCUGUUGGGGAAGAUCAAGUCACACAUAUGAAACUGGUCCGAGAUCUAGCACAAUGUUUUAACAAGAAGUAUGGGGAGUUCUUUCCGGUACCCAAAUGUCUUUUAACCUCUAUGAAGAAGGUAAAGUCACUCCGUGAUCCUUCGGCCAAAAUGUCAAAAUCGGACUCUGACAAACUAGCCACCGUUAGGAUAACAGACAGCCCAGAAGAGAUUGUGAUGAAGUUCCGUAAAGCGGUUACAGACUUUACGUCAGAGGUGACCUACGACCCAUCCACCCGAAUGGGUGUCUCCAACAUGGUGGACAUUCACUCUGCAGUGACGGGACUCACAGUAGAAGAAGUCAUCCGCCAGAGCGCCGGUCUUGACACUGCUCGCUACAAAAAUGUGGUGGCAGAGGCCGUUAUUCAGAAAUUUGCACCAAUUAAGAGUGAGGUUGAGAGACUGAAGAUGGAAAAAGACCACUUGAGAAAGGUCUUACAAGUCGGGGCAGAAAAAGCCAAAGAACUAGCAAAGCCAGUGUGCCAAGAAGUAAAGAAAUUGGUAGGUUUUUGAUAGGACCAUGAUCAAAUAAUCAUGACCAUCUCUAAUGAAGGCAGCUGACCUUGUACACAGAAGAAUCUAUUGUCUGUGACCUUUUUGUUGGACCACCCCAACCUGCUGACUUCAGAUGAGGAAGCAGUGUUUUGUGACCUUAAAUAAUUGUCACUUUUCCGAAUCCCAUAAGUAAAAUUUUGCCAUCAGAAAAAAAGAAAAGGAAAAGUAAAGCAAUAAGCAUGGCUCAAUCCUCAAAAAUGUCAUGCUUUAUCUUAUUUUUUUUUUAGGCUUUUUGGGGUCAGGGUUCAAGUAAUCCUGCAGGUUUGGGGGGAUCUUUCCCCUACCAAUCUCCAUCUGGUUCAUUUUACAAAAGUAAUUUUGAAUAGAUCAGAAGCAUAUUCUUGGGCUGACCACUUCCAUGAGCAUAGAGAGCAAGAGUUUGGAAGGUAGAAGAAUCACUUGGAUAAUUAGGGAGGUGGAGAAGGUGAGGGGAUAAGCAUUUAUAUAGCACCUACUAUGUGCCAGGCCACAUAUUCAGAUGAAAAGUUCCUGCUCUUUGCAUUAUUUUUGAUUAUUUGUAGCGCUUAGCACAAUUCUUUGCAUAUAGUAAGAGCUUAAUAAAUGCAUUGUUCAUUCAUUCAUUCAUUCAUUAGGUUUAUGUAAUAGCUUUCCUUUCAAGGACACACAAUUAAGCAUUAAGUAAGACACUGGAGGUCAACCUGUACGUGGAAUAUUGUUCUUCAAGAAUAUUAUAUCCAAUUUUUACCAAUAUUUUUAACCAAGAAGCUAAAUCAAAAAGCGUCUAUAUGGUAAUUACUCCUUAAAGUGAGAGUGUGUUGUUUUUAUACUUCUGGUAUGUUUUAUGGGGACUGGAACUGCUGAACCCAGCCAGCCAUCUGUGUAGUAUCAGUCAGGCAGUUCAGAUUUCUAUGUGGUGUCAGCUGGUGGCAAGUCUACCUCACCCUCAACCCAGAACACACUGCAGGCUCUCAGUAAAUACCUAAUGAAAGAUAGAAAAUAAUCCAGAGAUUCUUUACAAAGCAAAGAGUGAUUUUUUUACUUGACAGUUUCUACCAAUGCAUGUACUCCUAGUUCAUAUCUGUAAGAAAGGGAAGCAUAAGAAACAGACUUUCCUCUCUUCAGCUCUUAGGGCUUCCUCAAAGAUGUUCAGGGAUAGGCAUCUCUGGUCAGUCAGUCUUUGCAGCCUUUUGGAAUGGUUUCCUAGUAAGUAUGUAGUGUCACCUCCUCUCUCUCUCUCUCUCUCUCUCCAUAUUCAUUGUUUGAAGGGUUAUAGUUUAUUACUAUGUCUCCUAGGUCUGCUAUCUUAGCUCACUAACAAAUAUUUGGCUUCUACACUUCAAUCUCCACACUCAAAUGGACAGAGUAUUUGGAUAUUGGUUAAAAAAAAAAUUUAACAAAUGUAAGUUGAUAUCUUGCUUGCAUUCCUCUGACCCUGAAGCAAGUCCACAUUAUUCUCUUUUGGAAAUUUACUCUUCAGAACAGAGGAGAGAGAAAAAACAUGAUAUAUUUUAUGUGUCCCGUCUGAUGUUUUGUGACCAUAUUCGGAAUUGGCAGGCAUAAUUUUGUAAAUUUAUUGCAUCCAUUCACAACAUAGAAUCCAGGUUCUCAUUUCAGGUUUUGAAAUGAAGGGGACAGAUCAACAAGUGACCAUCUUUAAUACCUACCCCUAAAUUAACCCAUUACUGUGUCCUGGUGGAGAACCUAUUGAGAACACCUGAAGGUAGUAGUAAAAGGACUCCCUAAAGAGGCCUCAGGAAUUGAGAGCUGCUGCAAGAAGGGGUGACCUGGAUGAUGACCAACUGACAUUUGACUAGCCCAGUUACAACAAUGAAAAAUGAACUCUAGAAAAAGGCAUGUGUGGAGUGGACACCAGAGGCCAACAUGGGUGGGCAGGAGAUCUCUUCUGCUCUAUAGAGAGGCGUACCAGAAGAAGUCUCUUGCACCUGAACUGAAAGCAAGUACUCACUUGGAUACAAGACCACAGGCGAGUUUUAUGGCAGCUCUGAGGGAACAAACCUUUCCUCUCCUAGACGCACGGUAGAAAAAUAGCCAACAGUGGAAUUUUUGAAGUUGAUGGUUCCCCAGUGAAUGAUCUUAUUUUUUCCAUUGAUUUUACUGCCUGCCUUUUUCUGAUGCUUUUGUAAUACUUGCUGCUUCUUAUUCAUGAGAUCCUUAAGGCUCCCACAUACUCAGUACCGGGAAGGCAUGAACUAUUACAGCUUCCUGCUGACCAUGGCCCUUUGAUAAUCGCACAACUGCCAUGUGUUUGACCCCAAGAGCAUCCUAGAAACCAUGCUCUUUACUCUUCAGAUUCGUGUUGAUACCAAAGCCUGCUGCUGCUGCCUCUGCCAUCUGUGGUGUAUCUGUUCCUUCAUCUCCAUCAGUUACUAUAAAAACUCCACUUCCCUCCUCUCUUAUCUAUUACACUCUUCCUAGUAGAGCCUUCCUGUCUCCAGCCCAGUCCCUCUCCUUAUGGAAUGUACCAGUCAGGAUCCUCCUUGCCUUCUGUUGUUGUCUUCUGAACCCCAGAGGUGACUUCCUAUCCCUGCCUUUAACAAGAAGUUAAAGAAGGUGGUGCAAUGUAUGGAGCACCAGCCCUGGAGUUAGGAGGACCUGAGUUCAAAUUUGGCCUCAGACACUUGACACUUACUAGCUAUGUGACCCUGGGUAAGUCACUUAACCCCAUUGCCUAACCAAAAAAAAAAAAUGCUUUAUGUUUUUUGCUGCCUAUUUAUAUGGCCAGACCUGAUUCAUUCUUGAACGACUUUCAUAUGGCCCUACCAUCCUUUUAAACUACUAUCUUAUAUCUCUCCUCUCUUUCACAGCCAAAGUUCUAGAAAAAUCUGUCCACACUCAUCUUCUGCUUCCUCUUCUCUCAUUCAUUUCUCAACUCCUUCUAACCUGGUUUCUAACCUCAUGGUUCAAUUAAAAUUUCUCUCUCUAAAGUUAUACUAUUAAUUUCUUAGUUGCCAACUCCAGUGGCUAUUUUUCUGCCCUCAUCUUUCCUGACCCCCCUGCAGCAUUUGACUAGAGAUCCCCUUCUCUUCCUGGAUGCUUAUUCUUCUUGGUUUUCCUUUCUCCUGCCUGUCUGUUCCUUCUUACUUUUUGUCAUCCACAGCCUUCCCCUAAAGAUAGGUAUAUCCAAGGCUCCAUCCUGAGCCCUCUUAUCUUUUCUUUCUGUAUCUUCUCUCUUAGUAAUUUGAUCAGUUCCCAUGGGUUCACUUACUCCCAGAGCAGUACGUAUAGCCUGUGUAUCUUUUGACCUCAAGUCUCACACCAUCGCCUCUUUAUUGGAUAUUUCCAACUGAGUGGUCAGUGGCCAUCUCAGACUCAGCAUGUCUAAAUCAGAACUCCCUAUCUUUCCCUCCACAACCCAUCCCUCUUCCUAACUUCUGCAUUCGUGUCAAGGACACCGCCAUUCUUCAGUUGCCCAUGGUUACAACCUUUCUCUGCUCUUCCUUCUUUCUCUCUCCUCAUAACAAAUCAAUUAGCAGGGCUUUUCCAUUCUACUUCCAAAUCUUUUGUGUCCAACCCCUUUUCUGCACUGGCACCACAACAACCUUAGGUCAGUCCAUGAUCACAUCUCUCUUGAACUAAUGCAGCAGCCUCCUAACUUGUCUCCCUUUCCUCAAGUCUCUAUUUUCUCCAAUCUCUUCUCCACAUAGCUUCCAAAGUGAUGAUAUUCCUAAAGCACUGGUUUGACCAUAUCACUCCCUCACUUACAAAGCCCCUGUGGCUGCCUAUUGCCUCUAGGUUAAAAAUAUAAACUCUUUUAAACAUGUAAAGCCUUUAACAAUUUCACUCCAGCCUGCCUUUUCAGGCUUAUUAUACAUUACUCCCCUGAUUGUACUCUGUGCCAGAAGGCCAAACUGGCCUCCUUACUGUUCCUCUUACAAAACAGUCUGUCUGCUCUUUUCUCAAAAAUGCAUUCUUUCUACACCUUUGCCUCUUAGAAUCCCUAGUUUCUUCCAAAGCUCAGCUCAUGAACCAUGAGCCCUACAUGAGUCACACUUUUAGUUGCUAGUUCUCAUCCUUUUCCAGAAAUUUCUUUGUGUUUACACUGUAUAGAUUUCAUAUUUUUAUAUAUAUGUCAAUGUUAAUUCCCCUGAUAGAAUAUAACUUCCUGAGGGAAAGAAGUGUUCCCUAGAACCUAGCACAUUGCCUGUCAUGUAUAGUAGGCACUUAAUGAAUGCUCACUGAUUUUCCGUGUUUUGCAUAACACCUGGCACAUUAUAGGUAUUAGAUGGAAGAAGAAGUACGGUGGUGGAAAGGCCACCGGCCUAGAAUUAGAAUACCUGUUUGUUUGUUUGUUUUUCACAAGUACACAAGGUGGUGUGAUCUUGAGACCUUGGGCGUGAUUUAAGACACUGAGCCACAGUUCAUCUAUAAACAGGGAUAAUGCCAGCCUCAGGGGUUGUUAUAAAGGUCAAAAGAUCUAGUAGAUGUGAAGAUUUCCUGAAAACUGAAAAGCAGUGUGUGGGUAAUUGCUGUCAUAAUAAAUAAGGAUAGACAGCGGGAAAAUGUUUUAUAAUUAUCUGUUCUUAUUUGGUUUCCACAUUGAGGCUUCCACAAAUAAAUGACGUUUUCUAUGUUA